CUUCUGACGAAAGCUUCUCGAAGAAAGUUCAGCGAGAUUUUGAAAGAGGUUGUCAUUUUGCAGUUUUGUCCUGUGAAUGAUCAUCCCAAAUUUUCAGUCGUCGGGCAAUGUCCUGUCCUUCAUGGAUAGCAGGCAAUUCAAAUUUCUUUUUUUGGUAUCUUAGUUGAAAGCUACCGAUAUUAUCACCCAGGUCUUCGGCGGAAUCUCAUUUCACAUGCUUGCAUUUCUCCCGUUUUCUGGACAUCCUUGAAUGUACAGCUCCAAUCCUUGCGUCUCGCAACAGACUCCACUUAGUGAUGAUGCAGAAAUCAUUCUGAGUAGGAGGACCUUGACCAUGUUGCCCUUGCUUUCUCUACUUCCGCGCACCCUGCCUCUCAUUUACUGCUUACGUCUGUGGAUUCGAUGUGCAUGGUGUAGUUCAAGUCCUACUCGAGUGUGAGCAUUCGGUUGCUCCAUGUGUUUAUAUCAAUUCGGAUGUGAAGUUUCUAAUGCUCCGCCGGAGUUCCAGUAUUCUGCGAGUUCAGGCGAAGUCAAGCAGAGCUUGAAUUCUUGCGAACACGGAGAGGGGGUUUAAGGGCAGAUAAUCCUUGCGUCUUUGCCAGUUUGGAGGUCAGAUGUACCAGAAAGUGUUUGCGGAGUUCAUCGAUGGCGAUGAAUCACAGCGCUAUAGGGGUGGUUUCGCUGCUGCUGAUGAUGAUUUUGACGCCAUGGCAACAAUCUACGUGCGGUGUCGCUGGCGUGAAUUCAUCGUAUGUCGAAACGGACGACAUGAGUACUACAAACUCUUCCUCUCGCAUGUUAGCAGCACUGAAUUAUCCUAACAUCCAAAUUGGUCCUUACACUUGGCGCUACUUUCGAAUCGAGGUACCUCGCGCGUUUGCGGAACUCAAUGUAUUGUUGACAAGGAAAUGGACGGGGGAGCAAGGCGGAAAACAGAAAGCUAAGGUGCCGAUGGUUUGUUUUCGCGUCGGAUCACCGCCUCUUCCAGACCUCUUAUUGGAGUCUCCGCAAGCAGCAGCUAUGGCUGCAGCAAAGGCUGGCAAUUCGUCGAGGACGGGGUGUUGCGCAUGGUUUCUUACCAACUCUUCCAUUUCGUUGACCAACAUGCAGAUUCCUGCAGGAUUGUGGUAUGUGGGCGUGUUUAGCGACCCAGAACCCGGGCGAUUUCAAGCCAAAAUGAUCACGCGGGGCAGUACUUUCACCUUCGGAGUCCAUUUCACAGUGUCGGGAUGCAAGACACCCAAUCUCAGGGGACGCGAUUGCGACGUCGCCGUCAAGUCACUGUACUUCGAAACUCCACCAAUUUCGAGUAUCGAAUCUGGAUGGAGCCAGAAACGUUUGCACAAUCAGGAGACCAUUCUCACAAAGACGGGAACAAAUCUCGAUGUAAACGUGAAGACUAUGCCGGACUUGAUCCAUCAGUCUAACGGAGUUGGUGACAAAGAAGAAAAUGCUUGGACGUCGUUGACAUCACAGCGUGUUGAUGUAGGAGCAUGGAAGUACUUCGCUCUGGAAGUUGACGAUUUUGCCUUGAGUUUGCAGAUUCGUGCGGUGUGCAUGUCACCGAAUUGUGGCGCAGGUAUUGGAACCAGUUUGUACCUCAGUCACGGCGCUUUGCCAGACGAUGGGGACAAUGGGACUGUCAUGGACUCACCUCCCAUCACAGUUUCGGCGCCCAGACGUGGCCUAUGGUACGUUGGCGUGCGUAACCCCACCACAACCUCGCCACUGGACUUCGAUUUGCACUGGCGCGUCGAAAGCUGCGCUGUGUCAACAAUAUCCAUGGAGAGAGUGUUGGUUGAUGAAUGGGGCGAGUCGCCGUUCAAUUCGUACUACGGACCUGCGGGGGGAGAUAGCCUGAUUCAUUCGCCAUGGUUUUCCUUGUCCGAAGUGGCGCCAGUUGGAACCACUAGCCCGAAGAAUUGGACAUUCUUCUUCAUGGAGGUGCCGCGAGGCGCCUCAGGCGCAGUUCUCUCUGUGAAACUCCGACAUGGGGUGCAUGCAACAAGCACCGUCUAUGCUCGGUGGGAAGGUCUUGCGACGCUUGACAACUGGGAUGUCAAAGUUGUCAACUCGGAGGAGAAAGGUGACGUUGAUGAGUUGUCGCUAGAUCUUGUCUACCCUGCGGAAGGAAUCUGGUGUAUUGGAGUUCAUUAUGUGAAAGAAUUUGAGCCUGUACAUGAGACAAGUGCAGAUUUCACCCAAAGAUCUUCAAGGUUCUUCUUGAUAUGGAAGAACACCACAAAAUCUAUUGCGCAUUGGUAUGAGAAUGUCGUGGAGUGCCUAGGAGCUGCAAAGAGGUCACUCUGGAGGAUCAUUGGUCACAAUAAGGUCUCCGAGAAGUUUUUGUUUGCGUCAGCGGAGGCCGACAUGAUACGCCCCAGUGGACCAGCUCCAGCAACCCAACCAUCCACGGAACUUUCCAGUGAGAGACAGGACGCGGAGGCGCAAAUGCACAUCAGCGUUCACGGUUGUCUGAAUCAUUGUUCGGGACGAGGGCGGUGCGUCACAGGCUACGAGUCGAGCCGAUUGCACUUCUACAGCUACUGCCAUUGCGAUGCAGCGCACGGCGGCAUUGAUUGCAGCGUGCCGCUGCUAGUUCCCACAGACGAGACUGUACAGAUAUGGACGCUGGUAGGAUCGAAUUUCGCCGCUUUGCUUCCUAGUUACUGGGCUAUGCAGCAUCAAGGGUACUCAGAGUGGAUGGCGUUUACGGCGAGCGGUGCGGCAAGUGGCUUCUACCAUUCUUGCGACGCUGGCGGGUGGUGCGCUCUCAAAUAUGAUACCCUUCAGUUUCUGGAUUUUUGGCUUGCCUUUCUGGUUGUGAUCGUGACGUGCGUGGAAGUUGCAUCGCUCAAGCAAAACGUGAAAGCUGUUGCGCACGUUGGAUUCGCAAUCGUCACUGCUGCCAUCACCAAGGAAGACGCCACUAGCGCCUGGAAUGUGUUACUGGUGGCGAUCAUGGGCCUGGCAGGAUUGCUGUUUGGCUGGGCUUUGGAAUGCUGGCGACUCGAGUUGAUUCCAACUUGGUUUCGUGCAAUUCGUGCAAUUGACUCCAUUAGACCAGUCAUAAGAUUAGAAAGUAUUCAUCGUUUCGGUGAGCAGCUCCUGCAUCAGUUAAAAGGGCGUUUCAGGUGGGGCUACUUAAUAGCAGGGCUUGGCAUCUUAUGCACCGCAGGGUUAAGUUGGGUCCUAGAGGCAGCUGAGACAUACUGGAUAUGGCACAGCCUUUGGCAUGUGAGUAUCUACACAUCAGCAUUUUUAAUACUCUGCUCAACUGCAACGUCGGCUUGGCCACCUGAACGGAGAACACUGUCGCCACAAGCAUCAACUGAUGCGGAGGCUGUACCCAUGCUCAGACACACCGUUGAAUUGGAUGCCUUCGCUGGCGAGAGAGGAAGGAGAGAUGACUGAAUAGUCUUCAACACUUUCUGUUCUGAAAGAUUGCGAAGUGGUUGAGAUCGAGGUAUCAUCGCUCUGACUAUUACACCCUUUCGAUGUUUUCCAGUGACUGAGCCCAGCCAGAACGUUCAAGCUUCUUCGUGUCCUUUCUGAGUACUUACAUCGAUAAAUGCAAAGUAAUAGGUCGAAAACCGGAGUUAUCAUUGGAGCUAUCGCCGCAUGGGUGUCCUGCGAUACUGAUCUCAUCUUUCACUGUGGGAUUCCAUAGCUUGCACAACCCUGUAACUUUGCAGCAUCUCCAGUGACCACACUUCAAUUGCUCCUGAUGUGUAGAUUCCACACACACACACACACACAAUACAAGCAUUGUGGGUCCAUGAAUCCAUCUCGUCGAACCUGUUUUGAAACUUUUCUCGAGAUCAUAGCCCUGAAACUAGAUCACGCUGGCCAGCUUCACUGCAGAUUUCGUCAUACUCUGCAGUGCUUGAUCACUUCAGUGCAGUUGGGUUUAAUUGUUGUAUCAAAGUGUAGUUGGAUUUAGGGGCAGCAUAAAUGCAUUUCAAAUUAUUUAUAUAUUUUUUAUUUUUUAUUUAUUUAUUUAUUUAUUUAUUUAUUUAUUUAUUUAUUUAUGUCUC